GGUCGUAUGACACAGAAAAAGGAAGGAAGGGGGAGAAAAUUUGUAAUGUUAAGCUCGUUUGAUUAUGUUUCUUGUGAAUUUGUUGAGCUUAAAAUGUGAUGGAAUAUAUUAACUUGAUUCGGUGAGAGUUCUGAUAUAUUUACACUGGAGGUUUUCGUCGAUUAUUUGGUUAAAGAAUGGCGUUUGUGGGUGGACAUCUGAAACCCAAGGCUUAUUGGUAAGCCAUGCAAUGGGUCAACAGCAAGUAAAAGCUUUUGCGGAACGAGGAAGGUCUGGCAAAAAUAGCAAGUCGUUGAUAAAGAAUAAAGAUGCUGAAAAAUCCGAGUUACAGGCUUCUUCAGGUAAGCCAAUGCUAAGCACUGAAAUGCUAAACUCCACCUUUUUGAAUCGGUUCAAGUUGAUAUCUUAGGAUUUCAUGCAAACCACAAGUUGCUUUUCUGCACGAGACUUUUAGUAGUUUGGUAGUGGUAUGCGGUAAGAUAUUUUCUGUUUGCUUUUGAGAUGGGUUGAAGCAGAUCAUUUUGUCUCAUCGCUAUAUUUAAACAGAGGUUCAUAUCCUCUGAAUUCAUAGAAACAAUCGGGUGAAGUUCUUUCAGUAGUUAGCGAGAUAAAACCUGGACGUCCGCCAUUUUCAUAUCAUCGUGAUAUAUCAUUGGCCAAAAAAUAUUCGCCCAGUAUUAACUCUUAAAUUCGAAAGAGGAUGAACUUAGAGAAAGGUUUUAUAAAUCGUGAUAUGGUGAUGCGAAUUCGUAAAAUUUCCUGUCCAAACUUAUCAGAGCGCGCGUAAUUAGUGGUAGCGUAAUUGAUGAUUCCUUGAAGUUUGGUCAGCAAACUUAACAAUCCAAACAAGCAUGAUCUAGGCUGAUCAAAAAGCUAAAAGUCACACAUUUUGCCGGUUUUGACUUAUUACGUAUUCUCCUUAGCGAUUCCAGUAUGUCUGGAACUAGUUGCUUAAUCUUGAAGCUUUAAGUCAAUGACCCUCUUGUCAAACAUUAUCUAUGCUUUCAUUAAACUUAUGAGUCAAUUGAACGUCAUAUUGUUGUUGUACUUGUAUAUUGUACAUAUCAUAUACAGGUUCGAAUCAGAAAUGUUUAUUUUGACUGCCCAAGGUUUGUCAACACUAAAACAUUCUUUUUAAAGUUAGGAAAUCUUGGAGUAACAUGUUGAAGAACUAAACACAUUAUCUUCAGAUAAUAAUUAUCUUUUAGUAAUAUUGUUAUCCUCAUGUUCCCAUCUUGAACCUUGAUGUGUGUGUGUUGAUGUAAAUGUAGUUGUGUGUUGCAGUUUGGUUUUGGGAUUUUUCCAUGCCAUUUCUUUGUGUCAAGGUUGCUGUUAGUGUUUCUGAUCAGUUCUAGAUAUGAGAGAAUACCUUACAAAAAUUCAAAACACAUCAUCAAUACAAUCAGUCAGUGGAACAGGAAAAAAAUUCCGAAUAUAGAUACGUGAUGCUGUUUUGGUAUUUUUUAUUGUUCAAAGUACCGGUAAAUGCAAAUUCCUUGUCUGAACUAUUUUAUCUCAACUAAAUUCCAUUAGAUUUUUUACUUGAGGUUUUUUUUUUCAUGGAAUGUUAUAAUAGUUACCUACCAUUCAUACAUAGUUAGAUGCUGGCAACUUAUUUACUUUUUUGAAGUUAGGGGGAGAUUCUUAUUUCAAGGCCUGUGGGGAGAGGCUCAGAGCAACUAUAGAAUACAGGGCCACAGUGUAAGGUCUUAAAGGGGCUAGGUGUGUCAUGAGGAUAGAGCGGUUUUCACUUGACUGUCGUAAAACCAAAACCAAAGUAAAUACACUAGCCAACCAAAGGGCGUAGUAAAACCAAAACCAAAACCAAAACCAAUCCCUUUCGACAGUCAAGUGAAAACCGCUCUAUAAUUUACUGUUUGAGGUCAAUUCUGUCCUCAAGGCAUUACUUAGUUCCUUUACCUACAAUGCUCCUAAAAAGUUACCUGCAAUGCUCCUAAAAGAUAUAAAAAAAGGGUUUAAAGGGCUUGUUUAUUGUGGAAGGUGCUUUUAGCUUAUCCAGCUAGUUUACAGGCACUGCACUCAAAUACUUCAAAUACAACAUAAAUAUAUAAAACAAAGAUAUAAGAUAUAAAACAAAUUUCUUCAGGAAGCACUAACCAUAAUUUUUUUAAUGGUGAUUUUUGUAGGCAUGGCAUUAAAACUUAAAUAACAACACUGACAGGAACAUUAUUUUUGGAAGUCAAUUAAUGGAAUAGACAUUUUAACUUUUCAAAAAGAUGGCAAAUACAUGAACCAUGGCAUAGCCCCUUUAAACAGGAGUGGUUUGGUGGCUUACCAGUCAUAAUGAGUGUUGAAAGAACAACAAAGAUUAGUGCUAAAUUAGAUAGUGAGCGAGGUGCAUACACUGUAUAAGUAACUAUUUUAUGGUCAAAGUGGGGAAAACUGUGAACAUCAGAAAUACUUCUGGAAUGUUAUUGUGUUGCAAGAAAAAAGCCAAUCAGGCGUAAAGAAAAUCAACUGCAAACAGCAAUGGUAUUUAGUUUGUGAUUUUGUGGCCAGUUUGGGUGUCCUGAUCUUUGCUGUGAUUGGUCAUAACACAAUAAGGUCGCACUGUAAAGAGUAAGUAAACGUAGAUAUAUAUCUUAGUGACUCAGUGGCUUAUCAGUAGGGGUUUGCAUCUUAAAGAAUAAAAAAUGUUCAUGGAUAUGUUAUAGCUAAUUUUUAUCUCUGUCAGUUAAUUUUUAUUUUUCCAUUAUUUUUGGGUAUGGUAAUUUGUGCUAAUGAAUUUGAAACAAAGGAGAAAUUAACUGAAAUAAAAAUUAACUGCAACAUAUACAAUUUAGUCGUUCGGUAGCUCGGUGGCUCUUCAGUCAGGACUCCUGGACCACUGAGCUACCCCAAUGAAUAUAUCUACAGUAGAGAAUUGGUCCCGUACUCUGUAGCUAUACCAGAGGCUCUUAUUUGAGGACUGAGGAACAUUAAUUUAUUAGUUGGCCCAAGCACUUGCACGGAUUUGACAGUUUUUAGAAUGAAGUGGGACAGGGGUUUAAUUCAAAUGGGCCAUCUACUUCAUGUUGGGUACUAGUUUGAGCUCUAUGAUGAGUAAUAUGAAACGUAAUAGAAAUAAAUUUGCUUUCACAAAAACAUACUAUUCAUAAGUUUAUGGUGCAGUCUUAUCUUACUAUGUUUGUGUUUGCAUAUUCCUUAUUAUAAAGACCUUUCAAGAAGGCCUUUGCCAGAAACUCCAUUAGAACAGCAAGCAGCAAAUUGGGAUUCCAAGGAUGACCUUUUAAGAGAAGACAACCAGGACAAAUCAAUAUUUGUUGCCAUUUAUGACUUUCAAGCUAGUGGCAGCAAUCAACUCAGUAUUCGAAUUGGAGAGGAGGUUGAGAUUUGGCGCUACAACGACACAAAUGAAUGGUGUGAGGGACAAACAAGGAAUGGAAACAUUGGAUGGCUACCAGCCAAUUAUGUUAAACCAGUGAACAGCUUGGAAAAACACUCCUGGUAUCAUGGACAGAUAUCUCGUAAUGCCGCUGAGUAUCUCCUCAGUAGUGGAAUUAAUGGUAGUUUUCUUGUUCGUGAAAGUGAAAGUAGCCCAGGGCAGUUAUCAAUCUCAUUGCGAUUUGAUUCGCGUGUGUAUCAUUACAGAAUUAACAAUGCUUUUGAUGGACAAAUGUAUGUUUCAACGGAAAACAGAUUUGCCUCGGUUGCAGAGCUAAUUCACCAUCAUUCUGUACAUGCAGAUGGACUUGUAACAACUCUGCACUAUCCAGCAGCAAAGACUGAUAAACCAGCCGUUUAUAGCUUUUCACCUGAGCCGGAUGAGUGGGAAAUACCCAGGACAGAAAUUGCUAUGAAGCAUCGGCUUGGUGGCGGACAGUAUGGAGAGGUUUAUGAAGGAAUGUGGAAGAAGUACAAUAGGCCCAUAGCUGUCAAGACGCUUAGGGUUAGUGUUGUUUAGUUUAUUCAAUACAGUGACAGUUAAAUAAUACAAUACAUUUAAACCCUGUCGCAGUCAGUACUUCCAGUGCAAAUACAGAGGCUGAUUUUGUUGAGUUCAUUACAAAUUACAUGUUGAGUCCUGUCCAUUGGGACACCUCUGUUUAAGGGACACUUUUAUUGAGAGGAGACCUCCAUGGGAUCUAUGUUACCCACGCUUACUAGGCAGCUCUCAUCCCAAAAGACCACAUUUCUCAUAUCUUGCUUUGAUACAUUCACUGUGACCAGAGGCUGGAAGGGUGUUCUCGGGAUCCGGGAUUUGAACGAAGUACAGUGCAGGAUCCGAGAAAACGCAAAAUUGUAGACAGGGUACAGGAUUUGACCGCUACUUGGAAAGCAUGUUCCGCCAAAAUCUUGGCAUGGGAUGCAGUAUUAGGAAAGAAAGCAGUGUGUGGGGUAGAUACAUUUGUACGAGAGAAGUUUGGGAUGCGGGAUUGUCAUUAAAAAGGAGCAGGAUUGCAGGAUCAGGACUUCCUUCCAGACCCUGUGUGACCUUUACAUUGACACUGAUGUUGUUGUUGAUGUUAUUGUUACAGUUUGUACUACAUUAUUUAUUGUUGUUGGUCUUUUUGAGCAUAUUGCUGAUGAGAUCUCAUGUUUCAGGAGGAGACGAUGGAAGUAGAUGAAUUUUUAAAAGAAGCUUCAGUUAUGAAGGAAAUUAAACAUCCUCGGCUUGUUCAAUUGUUGGGUGUCUGCACAAGAGAACCACCAAAGAAGUAUAAUAGGCCCAUAGCUGUCAAGACGCUUAGGGUUAGUGUUGUUUAGUUUAGUCAAUACAUACAGUUAAACCAUGUUACAGUGAGUACUUCCAGUGCAAAUACAGAGGCUGAUUUUGUUGAGUUCAUUACGAAUUACAUGUUGAGUCCUGUCCAUUGGGACACCUCUGUUUAAGGGACACUUUUAUUCAGAGGAGACCUCCGUGAGAUCUACGUUACCCAUGCUUACUAGGCAGCUCUCAUCCCAAAAGACCACAUUUCUCAAAACUUGUUUUGAUACAUUCACUGUGACCAGGGUCUGGAAGGGUGUUUGCGGGAUCCAGGAUUUGAACGAAGUACAGUGCAGGAUCCGGGAAAACGCAAAAAUUGUAGACAGGAUACAGGAUAUGACCACUACUUGGGAAGCAUGUUCUGCCAAAAUCUUGGCAUGUGAUGUGGUUAACUGGGAAAGAAAGCGGUGUGUGGGGUAGAUACAUUUGUAUGACAGAAGUUUGGGAUGUGGGAUUGUCGUUAAAAAGGAGCAGGAUUGCAGGAUCAGGACCUCCUUCCAGACCCCGUAUGACCUUUACAUUGACACUGAUGUUGUUGUUGAUGUUAUUGUUACAAUUUGUACUACAUUAUUAAUUUUAUUGUUGUUGGUCUUUUUGAGCAUAGUGCUGAUGAGAUCUCAUGUUUCAGGAGGAGACAAUGGAAGUAGAUGAAUUUUUAAAAGAAGCUUCAGUUAUGAAGGAAAUUAAACAUCCUCGGCUUGUUCAAUUGUUGGGUGUCUGCACAAGAGAACCACCAUUUUACAUCAUUACUGAGUUUAUGCCUCAUGGGAAUUUGUUGGACUAUUUACGAAGUCCUGCCAGCAAGGAUCUCAAUGCCGUCACCCUGAUGUACAUGGCAACUCAAGUAGCUGAUGCUAUGUCCUAUUUGGAGAGUAUGAAUUUUAUUCACAGGUAUUGUGGUGGACUCUUUAUGUGCAUGAGUGUGUAAGCUACUCUUGUAUUUAGAGGGAAGUAGACUAGAGGUGUCAAAUAGGAAGGAACUUGAUGGAGGCAAAGUUAUCUGUAUAAAUUAUUAAUUUUAACAAAAACUACACAGAAUAAAUAAUAAGAGCGUACACUCCAAAUUGUUUGUGGUUGGUACUUAAUCUUUGACCCUGUGAAACUUUUUUGUGAUCUAAGAUGGUGGUCACAUUUUAUGUCACCACACCAUGUAUUUUGUGUAACCACAGAGUCAGUUACUCACUCCAAGUGAUAUGUGUAUACACUGCUCUUUGUCAUUUUAACAUUUUUGGGGUAAAAUGAUGGAGUGUUUUUGGUAUGUUAAAAAAAAUAUAUAUUAAAUACUCUAACUCAGCUAAACUUGUAUAUUAAAUGACUGGAAGCAAUUUUCCUGCCAUUAAAAUUUUGACCUUGAAAUUGGCUUAUCCAUGAGAAACCACUUCUGGCUGUAUAAGUUCAUCCUAGAAACUUAAGAAAGCAGCAUCUUGUUAUGUGAAAGCACACGGAUAUAUAUAAAUAAACAGUUAAUCACCCCAAUGGAAAAAGGGUUUAUUUUAUCUUGAUUGGGGAAGAACUAGAAUCUCACUCCUUUUUGUAGAGUCUUCAGAUCCUUUUUCAUGAGUGUCCAGAUAUUUCUUUAUCAGGGGUUGGCAGGUCUACUAUAAUUGAAUAUACUGUUGUUUAUUAUUCGCUUUUACAUAUAUUAAAGUAUAAAUAAGCUACUCUCAUCAUCAUUAGUUGGAUUUCCGUACUGCUUAGCAGAAUGAGUUUGCUUUUGAGGCUGUUUUCUUGUAGUUGUAGAAAGGAAUCAGCUUUUACUUAAGUGUGACUGCUUGUCUCUUGACCUGAUUAAUCUUUCCACAGGGAUCUUGCUGCAAGGAACUGUCUUGUAGGGGAAAACAACCUAGUGAAGGUCGCUGACUUUGGUCUGUCAAGACUUGUGACGUAUGACAUCUACACUGCUCAUGAGGGUGCAAAAUUCCCCAUUAAGUGGACUGCCCCUGAAGCACUGGCAUUCAACACAUUUUCAAUUAAAUCUGAUGUCUGGGGUAUGUUAUGUCAACAGUUUUAGUGAAGUAUAAAUAAUACCAUGGUUAGAGAGGUGAAGUAAAGUAACUGCAACCUUACUGCUACUUUUUUUUAUUUUUUAUGUUUUUUGACCCAACCAGCUCUCAUGUUACCCUAGCAGGAUAUUAUUUGGAGACCCUGAAGGAGUGAAGGCUUCCAAAACAAAACCGAGGCUGUGCUUUAAGGAAAAUUGAAGGGAGUCCAAUGCUCUGAACCUGUAAAAUCGAGGGUGCCCAGCAUAUGAUUUGUAUGAAAAAUCUGAGAUUGUCUAGUCGCCCAAGAGCAAGUUUUAGGCACCAGGGGCCACUGGGCUCUGCUAGAGCACAGUCCUGAAAACUCUUAUUAUUUUAAUUUACUGUGUUGGAACACACAUGUAGAUACACGCAUGAUAGUGAUAACGGCACUGGUGAUUCAGGGGAAGGGGUGGGUGAGGGAAUUUUGGGCUUCUUUUAUUUGUAUGACACUGUUGAGAAGACUGCAAAGUCUCGGAUUAAUCUGGCAAUAAUUGCCAAAUUAACACUAGAGUUUGCAGUCUUCUGCAGUGUUGGUGUUUUUAUGAAGUCCAUGUCACAAGACUGUAAUCCUGCCAGGAUCUGAUCAUCAGGGGGAAACCAGAUAAUCUGUUCGAAUUUUUUUUUAAUCCAUAUGAGUAUGUACCUGGAGCCCAAAAGGAUCUUGCAAUUCCCAUAGUUAAAAAAAUGUGGGAGUUUGCAAUCAUUGACAAUGCACAUUUGCUGAAGUCUAGUUUUUCUGUCUUUUUCUACUUAAUCAUCUCUCUGUUUGGGAGGUUUGCAUGUAAGUCACCUUUCCUUCAUCAAUCUGCUACAGAAAGUCAAAAAUGUUUCAUUAAGUGGCAUUUUACUUCAAUUUUCUUUUGACCUGACAGCAUUUGGAAUUCUAUUGUGGGAGCUUGCAACUUAUGGGAUGUCACCAUAUCCAGGAAUUGACCUGUCACAAGUAUAUGAAAUGUUGGAAUCCGGCUAUAGAAUGCCUUGCCCUGAUGGCUGUCCUCAGGAGGUCUAUGACAUGAUGAAAAAAUGUGAGUUCAAUAUUACCUUGAGUUAUAAUUUCAGAGUAGCGAAAUGUUUAUAUUGGGGAGGAAGGGUGGCGCAGUGGUUAGAGCACUCGCCUCCCACCAAUGUGGCCCGGGUUCAAAUUCCGUCCUCGACGCCAUAUGUGGGUUGAGUUUGUUGUUGGUUCUCUCCCUUGUUCCGAGAGGUUUUUCUCCGGGUACUCCGGUUUUCCUCUGUCCUCAAAAACCAACAUUUCCAAAUUCCAAUUCGACCAGGAAUCAGGUAGACGAAGAACCACUAUGUGGAUGUGCUACCUGCAAAUCGUUAUUUAUUUUAUUUAUUUAUUUAUUUAUAUUGGCUUGGGCUUGCUUAACAUCUAUUUUAAGAAUUUAACUAGCAACAUCACAAAAUAAUAAUAGUAUUCAUAGCGUACACAACGGAUCCAUAGCACUAAAAGGCUAAUAAAUCUUUAAAUACAGUUAAACAAAAUUUAAAAGUCUCUUUACUUUGUUUUAAUACAACACAUAGGGCUUAAAAGAAUUUAAGCAUUUUCCAAUGAUAAAAUGCUAAUAAUAGACUAGUACAUUUUUUUUACAAAACAAAGAAAUUUUGUCAAUUAACUACUUUUUAAAUUACCGACAAAAUCAAAAUUAACCUUAGGUAAAAUUAGAGAUUACUCAUCAAUUAUCCUUGGGAUCGACAAUCUAAAAGAAUUAUUUUCUGUUGAUCAGUCCUAGAUCAUGAGAUAGGAUUCAUGAAUAUUAUUGCAAUUUAAAAUAAUUAGUGGUGCACAGGUGUUUCAGACAAGUGAGAUGUGUCAAGAAAUUUAUCGAAGUUCCAACACUGGCAACACUUGANUUUUUUUUACAAAACAAAGAAAUUUUGUCAAUUAACUACUUUUUAAAUUACCGACAAAAUCAAAAUUAACCUUAGGUAAAAUUAGAGAUUACUCAUCAAUUAUCCUUGGGAUCGACAAUCUAAAAGAAUUAUUUUCUGUUGAUCAGUCCUAGAUCAUGAGAUAGGAUUCAUGAAUAUUAUUGCAAUUUAAAAUAAUUAGUGGUGCACAGGUGUUUCAGACAAGUGAGAUGUGUCAAGAAAUUUAUCGAAGUUCCAACACUGGCAACACUUGACCAAAUUGAGCAAAACACAAAAAUAACCACUCAAACCAUUAAAAGAGGGUAUAAUUUAUUACCAGUUAUGAUCUAGACAGGCUUUUGACUUUGUUGCUAUGUGUUUUUAGGUUGGAGUUGGGAUCAUGCAGAUCGUCCAACAUUUUCAGAGAUCCACAAGUGGUUGAACACAGUCUUUUCAACCAGUAGUGUUGACGAAGGUAAUUAAAGGUCUUUCCAAAAGUAGUUCUACAUUAAUGGGUUUUUCUUGCCAUCUGUGCAGCAUUGCUGCCGAUUUCUUCUGAUUUGGGGAUGGCUUUUUCUGGAAGAUUUUUCGUGAGCUCCAGGUGUAUUUUUUUCAUAUGGAAAGAGUGGAAAUCAAAGUGGAUUGCUGUAAAAACCACUUUUCAUUCAGUGAAGAAAACCAGCCAGGUUGUUGAGACUUUUAAAGCCACUGUCAGUGAAUUGCAGCCCUCUCUGUAUGGAGGGUGUUACAUUAGGUUUAAUGGUGAUUCUUACUCGUUUCUCAAAAUAUUAGCUAUUGUUAAAAAAUAAUAGUAGUAAUAGUUCUUUUUGAGUACAGUAGUCUGCCCAAGUUGUUUAAAAGUUGGAAAGAGCCGAUAUCGGCCUUCAGUUCAUGCCUGCCACAGGUUAUGAAAUGGUCAAGGGAAAGUCAGGGAAUUUCACUUUAAGUCAGGGAAAAUUUAAGUCUUGGAAAGAAGUCAGGGAAAAGUGAAAUUUAAAGAGUAUAUAUCUAUUUUUCCCUCUAGUUUUAUUGUUUUCUAACAUUAAAGAUUCUUUUUUAAAUUUCAUGGACAUAAAUCAUGUUGUACUGGUAAUUAUUGUUCAUGAAAUUGAACGACAAGCUGAUGUUGGGUUUUAAAGAGAAUAAAUCCUUUUUGCAUGUUAUGUUAAGGAACUAUCAAGUCAUGUACACUGCACGUGACUUGCUGAAAGCGUAUAUAAGUUGGUGGAGAGGAUGCUGUGAGGGGAGGGUUGAUUCAGUCAUGAGGACUAAUAUGUGAAAUUGUUAAUUCAGUUGAUCAGGGAAAUUUUACAUUUGUCAGGAAAAAGUCAGGCAAUUUCAGAAAUCUCUGGCUGUAGUAACCAUGCAAUUGUUGAAAACGUGGAUAAUGCUAUCCACGAGAUAAAUCUCUGUCUAAUUAAUAAUGCAAUUGGUUUCCCUAAUACUUAUCCACUGGGUACGGAUUUAUCCAGCUUUUACACGGAUAAAUUGAACCAUUUGGGCAUGAAAAAUUCAAAUCAAUUUAUUAGGUUAUGCAGUGAGAGAACUAAGGUAACAUUAACUGCCGAUGAUUUACAUUUUUUUUCUCCGGAUUGCUUAUCUUUGCAGAGGUAGAAAAGGCUCUUGGAAAGCGGAAAAAGGAUAAAACUAAAAAGGCCAAGAAGAAAGGCGACGCUGAGGAACUUCCGUCGUUUAAGGAAGGCGACUACAUGAACAAGAAAGAUGAAAACUCGAAAUCAAAAGGCUCAGCCUUUAAGAAAUUUGCAAACUCACUCAACCCCCCUGGACCCCCACCAGAACUACCAGCUCGGCCAGCGGUGAAAGAACAAACUGUUAAUGAACAACCGGAAUCUACCCAUCGCCAUUCGCUAACGGAAUCACAAGGGGGCCCCGCCAUGAGUAAUGUGCUUAAGGAAUUAGGAACAAGGUCUGGAACUCUUAGAAAGUCAUCCGAUGUAUUAAGAUGUAAAACGCCCGAAAAAGAGGAUCAUCCUCCUAAAUUUGAUGCCAGUAGUUUACAGAAACGUCCUCCAGCACCUCUGCCAACAGAUUACCAACAUAAACAAGAAGAACAAAAAGAGCAACAGCAGCCCCAGGGUCAGCUGAGGCGUCCGCUUUUACCUCCAGGGCAUGAAAAGGGACCGAAGCUGGGUGCAGCCACGCCUCAUCAAACCCCUAAUAAACCCCUCCCUUUCCAUCAGGGUCAAACUAAACCCCUGCCAGCCACACCUCGUCAAGUUCUACAAAAGUCUCUUUCUUCUCCACCGCCCGUCCCUGGUCAUAAUAAAAAGGUUUCAAGCCCUUUCAAUGAAGAUAUGAAGCCCAUAGAAGAGGAUCAACAGGAUGUUCAAAAUUCUAAGAAACCCAAACCAACAGAGGUUGCUACCAAGCCAUGCCCUGCACGAGCCAAGUCAUCAGAUAAUCUACCUAUUGACGGUGGCAAGCCAAGAAGUCCAGUUCCGCGCCCUCGAAACCGACCCCCACCACCUCCGCCCCCAGUUAAACUGAAGGAUACUGAGAAGUCAACUUCCAGUUCAAGUCUAGCUUCAAUUGAUGCCAGUUUAUCACAGGUAGUGAACAAUGAUCAUACUUCUUCCCCUAAACCGCGGCCAUUACCCCGCGUUAGACACAGAGGAGAGCAGCACCCUAGUAGUGUUGACCAACAGCAUGGCACUCAAGAAAACGAAAAUGGAAAAGGGGUGGCCACUCCCAGAAAGUCAGAAAGACCAAUGUCACCAACUGGAAAUGGACCAAACAUUUCUAGACAACCUUCCGUCAAGUCCAAACCAGUACACCCUCCUCCUUCAGUUCCAGGUGUUGCGAGAAAACCCAUCAAUAGUAGCAGCAAUGCUGUUCAGCAAAAAACUGUCCCAUCAGAGACUAAUCUGUCCUCUCCUGGCCAUAGACCAUCUCCUGGGGGACCUAAACCAAAACCCCCGGCCAAACCAAAUAUCCCUAGGAGACCUAAAAUCACCCCUCCCAGUUUUAAACCCGAUCCUAGUCUGUCCCCCCAAGUGAAUGAGAUAUUGCAGCUUUCUAAUCAAGGACAAUCAAAAGUUAAAGAGAUACUUUCUUUAACUGAUGCCCGAAUAAUGGAUGAUUCACAAAAUAAUUUACUUGACACUAUAAGUGAUCUUCAAAAAAUCUCGCGAGAGGUGUUGGAGUCCUCUUCAAGCUUAACUGACUCAUUGGGACCUCAAGCUAGGUUUAAAGUUCGUCGGACUGUAACAGAUCUUGAGAACAAGUAUAGUGACAUUGAGGGUGUGAUGCAGACAGUUGGUCCUAAUCUCAAUGCCGUUGAUAUGGAAAGGAUUGGCAAGGUUGUUCACAGCUUUUCCGGUGCUUUGGACAGCAUUUGUAGCACUGUAAGAGCGACAUCAUCCUGACAGCUGUAACGAUGUAUUACUGUCCUGUCACGGUAAAAUGAUGUUCAUCUUUGUGUAAAUCUUUUGCCAGAAUUUUCUCCUUCUGUGAUUUAAAGCAUGUGGAGUUUUUAAUUUUUAUGUUCAACAGUGGAUGCUUAGGCAAAUUUAAUGUUGCUUUUGGCUGUUUUUUUGUUGUUUUUUUUUUUCUGGGACGCGCACUAAAUGCACUAAAAAAUUCCUUUGCAUAUACCAUAACUUUUCGUAAAAAUACUUGAGGAUGAUUUCCAUUUAUGAAAAGGUUUAUUUUGUCUACUUGCAAUAAUUUGUGCAAAUAUUAAGAGAAACCUGAAAAGUACCACCUAGUUCUUGAAAUUGCCUGUAAGUAUUGAGGUCAGUAACGCGAAAAAUCUAGAUUUUGUAGCCCUGAGAGAAUCCAUUCUGACUUCAAAAUGAAGGUGACAUACGCUGGUGCAGAGGUUUAAAACGUCUUGCGCCAAAGAAUGAUAGAAAAUGGCAGCAAAAUAUAGGUUUUGUGACGAACGACCCUGUUUUGUUGCAACAAUUCUUGUGCUUUUACCUUUUGUGUCGACCAGUUACUUAGACCAAGUAAAAUGUCUGUAUUUCGUCUGAGCUAUGAAUCGCAGUAACAUGAUAUCCCAAAAAGAAAAUGUACAUUGGAGUUACUGAGAUCCGCUAAUAUCUGCAAAAGUUAUUAAAAUUCUUAUUUUUAUCACAAGGACUAUCACGUAUUGAAGUUGGACACAUGCUCAGAAUUACUCACGAGGGCUUGGAAAUUCAGAGGGUAACAAGAGUGUGUAUUAUAAAAUAUGUUCGAUUCGUGUCAAUUUUUCUUGCCACUUGAUUAUCUCAAUUUGUUAACACAUUUUAAAGACCUUGCAUAUAGAUAUUUGAGAAUUUAAGAAUUAUCUUUUUCUCGAUGAAAUGAAGAAUAGAAGAAGAUUAGGGUAUGAAAUUCACUGCCAGGAAAAAUAUUCGCU